CGGCGCGGCUGCUGGGUCUGCGGAAAGCGGCCUGUCCCCAGGGAGUGGGGUGGGGGGCUUCCCCUCCCCACCUCCAGGUGAUCAGGCUUCCAAGGUAGAAAUGGAGCUGAAAUGUACCACCGCCUCACCCGGGCGGGAGCGCGAGGUGUCGCUUAGGCGGCGGGGAGCGCUUCUGGUCCGGUUUGGAGAGGAUGUGGAGCAUUGAGCGCCGCCAGGAGCUAGCGGAGGUAGCGGAACCCUGGGCCACCGCUGCUCCCCAAUCCUCUUCAGACACACCUGGUUGAGAGCCGGCCUCCACAUUUUCCAAUCCCGGGACCAGUUUGGCAGAAGGCCGGACAGGGGUCGGAGGUCGUGGAGCGGGAGGGAGCAGUUCUCAAACCCCCACCUCAUUGGGGAAGGCCAGGUUGGGGCUGGAUCUGUCCCAGGCUGAGAGAUGGGGGUCUUUCUUCUACCCCACACCCACCCGUGGUGUCUGCCCCAGGGAAGGGGUUCAGCUCCCACGCCUCCUGCUCCCCUCCUCCCAGCCCCCAGGCCUGGCUGUGCUCCGGGGCUGAAUGGCGUGAAAGUUUCAGCCUCAAUCAGUACAAGCUUCCCUCGGGGUCACGUGAACAAAUAUGCUCGCAUUUGAAGGCAGCGUUUGAAUUUCCCUACUAUGAGGGGGUUUCCGGGGCUCUCUCCGAAUCCAGAAAGGACCAAGUUCCGAAAGCAAAACAAACCCCGAGCUCUGGGGAGCCUGGGAGGGCUGGGCAGGAACCCAGGAGGAGGUGGGGGCGCGGUGGCCGUCGCUCUGGGCCUGGGAGCGGACAGGCAGGCGGGCGGACCGACCCGCGCGUGGCGCGGGCGAAGCCAGCUCGGGGAUUACGGACUGGUUCCUCCUGCGUUUAUUGGUAGUUGAACCUCUCAGCCUGGUUCCGUUCUACCGGGAAUUCCGUGUGCUCGGGUAUAUGGCCGCGUCUGUGAGCGCGCAAGACCAGGGUUGGGACAGUGCUGUUUGCAGACAAAGAGGGCAGGCUAGCUCUGCCCCCCACUGGCGCCUACUCUGAGGCCGAGGACACCAGGUUUAUGAUAAAUUGGGAUCCAGAUCCUCCUCCACAGUGUAUCAAAAGAAACCGGAGCGCCUACAAAGAGAGUUAGAGACAAAAUUCAAGAGAACACACACAUGCAUAAUCGUGUUUUUUACAUUGUAGAUUUCACGGUUGCCAACCCACAGAGCUCAGCUUGUCAUCACCAAGUGAACCAUCUGGGUUUUCCUGAAAGAUGCUGGGAUUUUGAAGCCAGCAGGUCACCUGGAGGCAGGAGGCUACGCCAGAUCUCUGGGGAUUUAGCAGACCUUGGAGGUGGUGUAAAGGAUACCUACCGUGGUGGUCAAUGUUAUUUGAGCAGGGUCAGCAGGCCCUGGAGCUUCCGGAGUGCACGAUGCAGAAGGCUGCUUACUAUGAAAACCCAGGACUGUUCGGAGGCUAUGGCUAUGGCAAAGCCAGUGACACUUAUGGCUACAGCACCCCACAUCAGCCCUAUCCUCCCCCUGCUGCUGCAAAUUCUCUGGAUACUGAUUACCCAGGUUCUGCCUGCUCUCUCCAGAGCUCCACACCACUCCGAGCCCCAGCCCACAAGGGGGCUGAACUCAAUGGCAGCUGCAUGCGGCCUGGUACUGGCAACAGCCAGGGUGGGGGAGGUGGCAGCCAGCCUCCUGGGCUGAACUCAGAGCAGCAGCCCCCUCCACCCCCGCCUCCACCCCCAACCCUGCCUCCAUCCUCACCCACCAAUCCUGGAGGUGGAGUGCCUGCCAAGAAGGCCAAAGGUGGGCCCAAUGCUUCCAACUCUUCAGCUACCAUCAGCAAGCAAAUCUUCCCCUGGAUGAAGGAAUCUCGGCAGAACUCCAAGCAGAAGAGCAGCUGUGCCACCGGAGGAGGAGACAGUUGCGAGGACAAGAGCCCACCCGGCCCGGCGUCCAAGCGGGUGCGCACGGCAUACACCAGCGCCCAGCUAGUGGAGUUGGAGAAGGAGUUCCACUUCAACCGCUACUUAUGCCGGCCGCGCCGCGUGGAGAUGGCCAACCUGCUGAAUCUCACGGAACGCCAGAUCAAGAUCUGGUUCCAGAACCGGCGCAUGAAGUACAAGAAGGACCAGAAGGCCAAAGGCAUCCUGCACUCGCCGGCCGGCCAGUCCCCCGAGCGCAGCCCUCCGCUCGGCGGCGCGGCGGGCCACGUGGCCUACUCGGGCCAGCUGCCGCCGGUGCCUGGCCUGGCCUACGAUGCGCCCUCGCCACCCGCUUUCGCCAAGUCACAGCCCAACAUGUACGGCCUGGCCGCCUACACGGCGCCGCUCAGCAGCUGCCUGCCGCAGCAGAAGCGCUACGCGGCGCCCGAGUUCGAGCCCCAUCCCAUGGCGAGUAACGGCGGUGGCUUCGCUAGCGCCAACCUUCAGGGCAGCCCGGUGUACGUGGGCGGCAACUUUGUCGACUCCAUGGCGCCGGCGUCGGGGCCCGUCUUCAACCUGGGCCACCUCUCGCAUCCGUCCUCAGCCAGCGUGGACUACAGUUGCGCCGCGCAGAUUCCCGGCAACCACCACCACGGACCGUGUGACCCUCACCCCACCUACACAGAUCUCUCGGCCCAUCACUCGUCUCAGGGACGCCUGCCCGAGGCCCCCAAACUGACACAUCUGUAGCGGCCGCCGUGGGCCCCAGCUCGCGGCGUAUUACCUCUCUGGCUUUGGCGGCGGCCCCCCGGGGGACUGGGG